AGCGAAGUAAUGUUUGUAAUUGAUAUACCUCGUCGCCAACAAAAUAUGCCCGUUGAAUUUUAAAAAUAAGAGAGUAAUAUUUAAAAUUAUUACUUCUGGUAAUGGAUAGGUGAAUAAGUAACUAAUUAGCUUAAGUUAGUUUCCGACUACUCGUCUUCAAAAUGGCCCGAAAAAGAAGACGAAAGUUGUCCGAGCCGCAUAAGAUCACAAAAACCCUUCAACAAUGGUACGAAACACUUCAAGAAAAAUUUCCAGAUAAAUUCGAAAAAAUGGAAUAUGAACGUCAACUAAGAAAAGAAAAAUACUUGGGGUGUAAAAUUGAUGAUGAUCCAGAUAUUGUUGAGAUUCAUAAACUUAUCGAACAGGAUUACAGACGAAGCUUGGAUCGAACGCAUGAAGGGCCUCCUAUCCUUCACGUAAGAUUUCAGUAUGCCAAGCAAGUGAAACAAUCAAGAUACGAAGCCUCAGUAUUUUCAAAUAUUGUCCACGAAGCAGAUAGUGUCAUGGAUAAAAUAACCGGCGAUAACGACGAUGACAGUGAUUUUGAAACUAUGGUGGAGGUCGAGGGUGGGGCCAGUGGUUUGAUGAGUGGUCUCGGGAUUGGAAAAGAAAGGAUUUUACCAGAACUUAGAAUUUUAAUCGUUAAAGUAACAAAUGCGAAUAAAAUAUCAACAAGUGGAGAUGAGAUCAAAGAAGGUCAGAUCAGAAUUACAAUGAGCCACGAUGACAAGAAGUCCUUUCAUGCAAAGAGUUCGAAAAAGGAACCAGACUAUAAGCACAGAAUUGGAUUUCAGCAUGUUUUCAAUUAUCGUGGAAUAACAAUGGAGGAAUGCGAUAACACGGAAAUAAAAAUAUCUGUCAGAACUGACACGGAUAAAGGAAAAGAAACCGCUUACGCCAAAUUAUCACCACAUGGAUGCGAACUUGGUGAAGUGGACGAAUUUCUCCGGGAUAAGGUAGAGACGCGCAUAACAUUCUGGAAAGAGUAUUUGGAUCUUGCGACAGAAGAUAUUGUUGAAUUCACAAUCCCAUUAAUUACGGGGGCUCCUCCAUCACCCAAAAGGGGUAAAUCAGCUGAAAAGCAAGUGGAUAAAACUAAAAAAGAAGAAAAACGAAAGUCAAGAAAAACAGACUUGAAGAGUCUAUUCGGAUAACGUAUCAGGCCUUACACCUUGCUAAAUGUCUGGCUUGGUUAUUGAACAAUCAUAAUGCGUCGCAUUUCCGUAUUCUAUUUAACGCCUAGUUUUUGUAAAUUUUUACGUUCUUCUCUUAAAAAAAAUAACAGUAAUAUCCAAUAAAGUGUAUGUAUAUAUUUAA